AUGACCUCCAGCACAACUUCAUAUGCAUCCACCAAGGAGACGACAAAUUAUGCUCACCUGUGUCGUCUUCUUGUGGAUGUAGGAUCCCAGGCAUUAAGAAACAAGUUUGAUAGUAUUCACCCACCAGCGGGCCUACAUGGAAUUCUUACAAAGCCUCCUGCACACCCAGUACUGCAGACACUGAGAAGGAGAAAAAUUCUUAAUCCCACUCAAUGGGCCAAGCUGUAUCCCCCUUCACCUUCAUCCGUAUCUUCAAAAGAUUUUGAUGUCACACUGCUGAUAUUGCUCUUAAGGAAUAUAUGUGGCUUGACUCCUCCGACCAGUGGUUGGGAUAAUCUCCCACCUGCUGCAGAUACGAGUGAUGAAGCCAACAUAGCUAGGGUAAAGUAUUACAGGAAUCAUGUCUACGGACAUGCCAUCCAGGAGUCUGUGGAUGAUGUAGCAUUUAAUACCUAUUGGCAGGAUAUAAGUAAUGCAUUGGUAGGACUUGGUGCAGAUGCUGCUGCUAUCAAUAAACUGAAGACUGAGAGACUGGAUCCUGUCACUGAGAAACACUACCAAGAAUUACUGAGGGAAUGGAAGAAAGAAGAUGAUAGCAACAAAGACAGAUUUGAUGAGACUGAAGGUAUCUUGAAAAGUCAAUAA